CUUCCGUUUCAAGCUGGCUGUAUACGGUGUCUGCUUUUUAUGAAUGGUGGAGACGCACCCUGAUUUUCAGCGCCACGAGACAUUCACACAGCAGCCGCGGCACUAGCUAAAGGACACUGUUAGGGUGUUUCAGGUGGCAAAACAUGUUCUACAAGGGCGCCAUCAAGUCUGAAAUGCAUAGUCGGUCCCAUAUCGGUGGCAGUCUUACCGGUGUUUCAUUCAGAUAUAUCGACAGCAUAACUGGUUCCCUAGCGGGAUAUUUCGGCUGUCCUAAUCGGUGGUAUUGGAACCACUCUGCGGUGGCAGCCGCCAUGGUUGUGGCUAUCUUGGUAGGUAGUGUCUCAUUUGGUCCCUCGUUUAUCUGCGAAAACGGCGUCCCGUGCCGGCAACCCUCCUCAAGAGCCUGUAGUUACUUUUGGCGCCGAGGACGGCGAAAACGUGUAGUUUUUUGAGCUUUCGGAAUCUUUCUAGUCAUCUGGUCGUUUGCGGCCACGUGGUUGCUGUCACGCUAGGGCGUGUCUUGUCCACCAGCGGUUGACGCCAAACGCAAGGAAGACGCCCUCGCGCAAUGAGCUGCGAAUCUUUGUCUUUUAAUCCCGGAGGCACACGGGAUCUUGCUGAGUUUUCUUAGGCGUCUUUUUCAGCUCCCCUCUUCUUGGCAGCGUGCACGGUAAAUUUCGGAGAAAGCCCGUGUGAUGGUUUCUGAUGUUGGUGCUCGCUGCCACGAUUUUCUCCUCUGCGAUGAUGAGGGGCCUUGUCUCGAAGGCGUAGCGAGCGCUAGAAAUUAGCCAACGCGCGUAACAGACGUCGUGGAGCUCACGCGUUGUCUUUCAACGCAAAAACAGUGAACCGGCGUUUCUUUUCUUGACCUCUGUCUCUCUGCAUUUCCUCCGGCUUGCGACGCAACGGGAUUCCCAAAAGAUCGGCUGCAGGCAGAGUGGCUAGCAGUCGAAUUUCGUCGCCGAAACUGGGGACGGGACUGGACGCAACGCGCCGGUCUGAUGCUUCAGGAGUGUGUGUCAAUUGUCCACUGUCGCUCUCGGACUUGUGAAUCUUGAUGUCCGAUUUCUCUCGCUCCACAAACUAACGUAAACCGUAACUUUGUCGGAAAGCGAUGACAGACUGUCCUUUCGCGGCGAUCCGGGGAUCGAGUGGGCGGAUCUCCCGGUCGCAUGUCGCUUUUUUGGUCAUCCUGGCUGUCUCAGUCACGUCGAAUCCAACGCUAGCCUUUCAUCGAGGGUCUCUGCAAGGGACAGCAACUCGUGACGACCUCCCGACACAAGCGCAAUAUCUGAGUGCCAUCGGUGCUCACGAGACGCUGGUCCGUGCCCAACGUAGGGCUGCGUUCCAGAAAACUCCCGGAAAGAAUAGCGGCCGCCCCCAUUCCUUGCUUCAGGAUGUGGCUGAGGAGCGAGAAAACUCCAGUACGGCGGUUGGCUCCAUCCCUCACUUCUCCGCGUUGCCAGAGUCGGAAUGGGACUACAAGCAACAUGGCAAGGAUUGGGGCGGCAUGUGCGCUACAGGCAUGCAGCAGUCGCCAGUCGAUUUACACAUUGAGGGGCUACAGGAGCCGGAGUACCGUAAUCUGACAAAUGUUUAUAUGAACGCGUUCGCCGGGACGCAACCAUCUCGAACGCUUAAGCCUUGGAAGCGCGGGGAUUUCUUCUACACCUACCCUCACCAGUUCACGAAAGUCGAAGUGUACAAGACGUCGAAGGUGUUUCAGGUCCGCGUUCCAGAGGACCAAAUGACGCCUCUCGGAGCACUAUUUAGCACAGACACGACGGAGAUGUACACUGCUCAACACAUCUUCUUUCACUCCCCCUCUGAACACACCUUUCAAGGCGAGGCGAAUCGGCGUGAAAUUGAAAUGCAGAUUUGGCACUAUUCGAACGACUUGCUGUCGUACGAAUCGUCCACAAGCUUGAACCAUACGUCUCUCCCUUUCCUCGCGCUCUUCGCUCAAAGCUCUCUCAACCUUCCCGACGUCGAGGAGGCUCUGAAGCGAGACCACUCCUCUGGCUCCGACCCUAGUCUUCCUUCAUCCCACUGGCGUGUAAUCUCCUUGACAUUCAUGAGCGAAGAGCUUGAUCAGACGAGUCUGGCAGAACUCAAGAGCCUCCCGUCCGAGAGGAUGCUCAGCACUCUUCUUAGCGCCGAAAGGAUCAGCAGCCAAGCGGGUCAAUCCGAGAAGGUAGAACUGGCGCAUCCGCUAAAUUUGCAGUCGGUAAUGAUGAUGCUUCAGCUGACCAACACGGAGUUCUUUGCCUACGACGGAAGCACAACCAUGCCUGAUUGCAAGGAGAAUGUACGCUGGUACGUAGCUCGUCAACCACUCCCCGUCGCAACCGAAACAAUGCUGCGGUUCUACAAGAUGUUGAAUCCUCAUCAACUGAGGAGUCGGGACGAGAACGACGGGAACUUCCGGAUGCUGCAGAAUGUGGAAGACAACAUGCGCAACGAAGGGAACGUUUUCUUGGUGCAGGGAUUCCCCCUCCAAGUUCUUAUUGCCAACAGUCUUGGCUUUGAUACCAUGGCGAAAAUGUCAAAGGAAGGCGCACAAAUGUUCCAAGGCUGGUUCAGCGCUGCGGGCGAACAUACCUUCGGCCAUAGUGGAAGUGCGCUUGCCUUCGCCACUGCUGCCCUCGUUUUCUUGAAUACUGUUGGCAUAUAAGUCGGGAGCUGGUGGUGCAGCUUCACAGAUUUCUUCAGUGUAAGGAAGAACAUCUUCCAGCUUCCACCCACGUCCGAACGGGCUGUUGGGCCGUGUUCUACCGGCUACUGCCACGGGGUUUUCGUUUUGGUGGUUGCUGUUAGGUUGGUGCGAACGUUAAUUUUUUUUUGCUAAAGUGGUUCUCACAAACGAUACCGGCCUUGUUUGUCUCGCCGUUCGAGAUGGUCAAAGCAUCGGAUCGUCACGAGGUCGAGAGAAGCGAUAUCAACUACGUGGACCCAUUCACAGUGUGUCUACUGGCGGGGAACAACAUCAGCUCGCAUAAAGGGUCAACGAGAGCUCUCGCCGGUGUCCAUUCCAGAUAUUGGCCAAUUGAAGCUUGCCCGUGACGUGAUACCGUGACAUGCAAGGACCGCUAUCAUAUUGUUGUCGAGAUGUUUGUGUGCCUCGUUUCAAUCUGUGGACAGGAAUCAGGUAUCUUGUGCUCCUUGAGCUGCUAUUCCAGUGUGAGACGUGUCAAACUGCCGUUUCAGUCGCACAGCAAAAGGGAACCAGUCGUCAGGCAUGACAGAUUAACCCCAGCGCUCGUGUAUAUUUGGCUGGCGUCCGUUCGGUGUUAGCAUUAUCCUGUCCCAGAGAUUCGCUGAACGGCUCCCGUGCGUGCCGAAUGUCCCAAAGGCUUCAUCGAGUGGCGUUCACAACAGUCGUUUCCAAACGGCGGCUAGAAUGGAAACUCGAACCGUUUCAUAUUGGACUUAAUCGUUUAUUGAGAGACUGCCAGUUGUACGUGUUCUUUGCGCAGGCAUUUGCCUCUACUGCCGCUCCAUUCACUGUCCAUAAACGAAAACGCUAGACAUACCUGC